GCCACUGGAGGUGGUGGCUGUUUAAAUAAGCGCCGAGAGCUAGAGGGAGACAGUGAGAAAGGGACGCCGAGCGCAGAUAGGCGGCGCGGGCAGCUUCAGUUACGCAUCGGGCACCGACGAGGAGGGAGAGGGACUUGGCGGCCAGGGACUUGGCGGCCGGCAGCGUAGCAGUAGCAGUAGCAGCAGCGGCGGGGCUUUUCAGCGCGCCUCCUUCGCCGCUCACCUUCCAGCGGUGGCUGCCGAUCUCAAGGACCUGAGCAGAGACGAGUUGCGAGAUGGAGGAAGUGGUGGUUGCAGGCAUAGCAGGGAAGCUGCCAGAAUCAGAAAACUUGCAAGAGUUUUGGGAAAAUUUGAUCAAUGGAGUGGACAUGGUCACAGAAGAUGACCGGAGAUGGAAACCAGGACUGUAUGGACUGCCCAGGAGAAAUGGGAAGCUCAAGGACAUCAGCAAGUUUGAUGCCUCCUUUUUUGGAGUUCACCCAAAGCAAGCUCACACGAUGGACCCUCAGCUCCGACUGCUGCUGGAAGUCUCGUACGAGGCCAUUUUAGAUGGCGGAAUUAAUCCAGCUUCCAUUCGGGGCACGGACACAGGUGUGUGGAUUGGUGUGAGUGGGUCAGAAGCUGGUGAAGCGUUUAGCGUAGACCCUGAACAGUUGCUGGGGUACAGUAUGACUGGCUGUCAACGUGCUAUGUUUGCCAACAGAAUUUCAUACUUCUUUGAUUUCAAAGGACCAAGUAUGUCCAUCGACACAGCGUGUUCCUCUGGCCUCGUCGCUCUGGAAAAUGCUUAUAAAGCAAUCCGCAGUGGACAAUGCAGCUCAGCCCUUGUAGGCGGAGUCAAUCUCGUACUGAAGCCCAACACUUCUGUGCAGUUCAUGAAGCUUGGCAUGCUUAGUCCUGAGGGUGCCUGCAAAUCCUUUGAUGCUUCAGGGAAUGGAUACUGCCGAUCAGAAGCUGCUGUAGUUGUUUUCCUGACCAGGAAGUCCCUAGCCAAACGGGUUUAUGCUACCAUAGUCAAUGCUGGGUGUAAUACCGAUGGAUUUAAGGAGCAAGGUGUAACGUUCCCCUCUGGAUGGAUGCAGCAGCAGUUGGUCAGUUCCCUGUACAGGGAGUCUGGGAUUAAGCCUGAGGAAGUGGAAUAUAUAGAAGCUCAUGGCACAGGCACCAAGGUUGGAGAUCCUCAGGAAGUGAACGGGAUCGUCAAUGUCUUUUGCCAAUCGGAUCGACCACCACUGUUGGUUGGAUCAACUAAAUCUAACAUGGGUCACCCAGAACCUGCUUCUGGUCUUGCUGCUUUAGCAAAGGUGGUUCUCUCUUUAGAGCAUGGUCUGUGGGCACCCAACAUUCACUACAACACCCCAAAUCCAGAUAUUCCUGCCUUACUAGAUGGUCGUAUACAAGUCGUUACUAAACCAACCCCCACAAAAGGUCACCUUUGUGGAAUCAAUUCCUUUGGCUUUGGAGGGUCAAAUGCCCAUGUCAUUCUGAGGCCCAAUGAGAAGACAUCUUCCUCCCCGGAGACUCAUCAUUUGCCACGAUUGGUGCAGUUUUGUGGAAGGACUCAAGAAGCAGUAGAGGCGUUAAUAGAACAGAGCAGAAAUCUGCAGCAACACACAGCACUUCUGAGCAUGCUCAAUGAUAUCUCUGGGAUACCUGUGUCAUCCAUGCCUUACAGGGGCUACACCUUGGUUGGCAGCGAGAGCGAUGUGAAGGAGCUUCAGAAUGCUCAGUCCUCGGGGCGGCCUCUGUGGUACAUCUGCUCAGGCAUGGGCACCCAGUGGAAAGGAAUGGGGCUUAGCCUGAUGCAGCUCGAUCUCUUCCGGCAAUCCAUCUUGCAUUCAGACGAGGCUCUGAAAGACACGGGCCUGAAGGUGUCCGAUCUACUCCAGAGCACGGAUGAGAACACCUUUAACGACACUGUCAAUGCUUUCGUUGCACUUGCUGCUAUUCAGAUUGCACAGAUCGAUCUUUUAAAGGCCAUGGGUUUGCAGCCUGAUGGAAUCGUCGGUCACUCAGUUGGGGAGCUAGCCUGUGGCUACGCAGAUAACUCCUUAAGUCACGAAGAGGCUGUUCUUGCUGCCUAUUGGAGGGGCCGGUGCAUCAAAGAGGCCAAGCUACCACCAGGAGGCAUGGCUGCUGUUGGUCUGACGUGGGAGGAGUGCAAACGCAAGUGCCCUGCCGGUGUGGUACCUGCCUGUCACAACUCUGAAGACACUGUCACUGUUUCAGGGCCUCAGGACUCUGUGGUCAAAUUUGUAGCCAAGCUGAAAGCAGAAGGUGUAUUUGCUAAAGAGGUGCUCAGCGCAGGAGUUGCUUUCCACUCAUACUAUAUGGCAUCCAUUGCACCAGUGCUGCUUAGUGCCCUGAAGAAGGUUAUUCCCAGUCCAAAGCCUCGUUCCUCCCGCUGGAUCAGCACUUCCAUCCCUGAAUCUCAGUGGCAAAGCGAUCUGGCUCAGAACUCUUCUGCUGAGUACCAUGUGAAUAACCUUGUGAGCCCAGUAUUGUUCCAGGAAGGCCUGAGACAUAUUCCAGAAGAUGCUGUGGUCGUGGAGAUUGCCCCACAUGCCCUUCUGCAGGCAAUCCUGAGAAGAGCUUUGAAGCCAACCUGCACCAUUUUACCCUUGAUGAAGAAAGAACAUAAAAACAACCUGGAAUUCUUCCUGACACACAUUGGAAAAAUCCACCUUACAGGAAUCAAUGUCCUUGCGAACAAUCUGCUUCCACCUGCUGAAUAUCCUGCUCCUGUGGGGACUCCCCUUAUCUCCCCUUACAUUCUCUGGGACCACAGUCAGACAUGGGAUAUCCCAAAAGCUGAAGACUUCCCAACGGGCGCUGGUGGUUCUGGAUCAGCAACAGUGUACAAUAUUGAUGUGAAUCCUGAAUCACCGGAUAAUUAUUUGGUGGGUCACUGCAUUGACGGCAGGGUUCUGUACCCAGCCACUGGCUACUUGGUGCUGGCCUGGCGCACUCUGGCAAGAUCUCUAGGGACCUCCAUGGAAGAAAUGCCUGUCACGUUUGAAGAUGUUACAAUCCACCAGGCAACAAUACUACCUAAGAAAGGUGCAACACAGCUAGAGGUGAGACUCAUGCCAGCUUCUCAGCGUUUUGAAGUGUCUGGGAAUGGAAAUCUGGCUGUGAGUGGAAAAAUCUGCCCUUUGGAAGAAACCGCUCUGAAUAACUUUCGCAACCAGCAAACUGAUUUGGAGAUCCAGCCAAAUACAUGCCCAGACAUCCUUUUAACCAAGGCGGACAUUUACAAAGAGCUUCGUCUGCGUGGCUAUGAUUACGGGCCAACAUUCCAGGGACUCCUGGAAUCCAGUAGUAAUGGGAAUGCUGGGAAGGUGUUGUGGAGCGGGAAUUGGGUGACAUUCCUUGACACCCUGCUGCAUUUGAUCAUCUUGGGGGAAACAGGAAGAAGCCUGCGCUUGCCAACCAGAAUCCGCUCCGUUUGCAUUGAUCCAAAGUUACACCGAGAACGUGCACACAAAUACAAUGAUGAGGUUGAAGCUUUUGAUGCUGUUGUGGACCGCUGCUUUGACACCAUCACAGCAGGAGCUGUCCAGAUCUCUGGUCUUCACGCUAGUGUGGCUCCUCGCCGACAGCAGGAGCAGACCCCUCCCACACUUGAGAAAUUUUGCUUUGUGCCAUAUGUGGAGAAUGGCUGCUUGUCCUCCAACGCCCAGCUUCACUCCAGCUUUGAACAUUGCAAAGAGUUGAUCCAGAAAUUACAGAAGAAGAUAGCAAAGCAUGGAGUCAAGUUGGCUAUUCCAGGGCUAGAGAAUAUAAAGACAUCUGCACAGAUGGAACCUGGGCAGAAGGGCCUCCUGCACAUCCUUGCUGAGAUCUGUCGCCUGGAGCUGAACGGAAACCUCUACUCAGAGCUGGAACAGGUUGUGACUCGAGAGAAGCUGCAUCUUCAAGAAGACCCCCUCCUCAAUGGCUUGCUGGAUUUUGCUGAGUUGAAGACCUGUGUGGACGUGGCACUGGAGAACAUCACCAGCCGCAAGAUGAAGAUAGUCGAGGCCCUGGCAGGAGACGGGCAGUUAUACUCGCGUGUCACAAGCAUCUUAAACACUCAACCCAUGCUUCAACUGGACUACACUGCCACUGACAGAGCCCCAGAAAUAUUGGCAUCCAAUGAGAGCCGUUUGCAAGAACUUGGUGUUUCUACUGAGCAGUGGGACCCUGCAAGCCCUCCUUCUGGAAAUCUGGCAAAUGCUGAUCUCCUCGUGUGCAACUGCGCACUGAACCCUUUCAGGAAUCCAGCAGAGGUGCUCUCCAACAUGGCGGCCACAGUGAAGGAUGGUGGUUUUGUCUUACUGCACACUCUUCUGAAGGGAGAAACUCUUGGAGAAAUUGUCAGCUUCCUCACAUCUCCCGAGCUGAAGGAGAAACCUGGUCUCUUGACUCAGGUAGAAUGGGAGGACUUACUUAGCAAGGCUGGUCUGAAUUUGGUAGCUGUAAAAAGAUCCUCCUUUGGCGCAACCAUCUUUUUAUGCCGCCGGCCAGUUCCUGCGAAGGAGCCUGUUUUCCUGCCAGUGGAUGAAGCUCACUACAAAUGGGUGGAACCUUUGAAGGAGAUGCUAGCAGAACCUUCUGAACAUCCCGUGUGGCUAACGGCUACCAGCUGUGGUACUUCAGGAAUCGUUGGCAUGGUGAAUUGCCUGCGCCAAGAGCCUGGGGGCAACAGGAUCAGGUGCCUUUUUGUUUCCAACCUGGACUCCUCUUCUCCGAAACCCUCCACCACCCCUUCUACCAAGCAGAUGCAAACGAUUCUGCAGAAUGACCUGGUGAUGAAUGUUUAUCGUGAUGGGAAGUGGGGCUCUUUCAGACACCUCCUGCUAAAACAAGCUCAACCUCAAGAGCUGACUGAAUAUGCAUUUGUGAAUGUAUUGACGCGUGGGGAUCUUUCCUCUCUCCGUUGGAUCGCUUCUCCGCUUCGCCACUUCCACACAACCAAUCCCAAUGUCCAGCUCUGCAAAGUCUAUUACGCAUCUCUCAAUUUCCGUGACAUUAUGUUGGCUACAGGAAAACUCUCCCCAGAUGCCAUUCCAGGAAACUGGACAUUGCAGCAAUGCAUGUUGGGAAUGGAGUUCUCAGGAUGUGACCCUGCAGGGAAAAAAGUGAUGGGGUUGCUACCAGCUAAAGGACUGGCUACAGUGGUCGACUCUGACAAGAGGUUUCUGUGGGAGGUUCCACAAAACUGGACUCUAGAAGAGGCAGCCUCUGUUCCUGUGGUAUAUGCUACUGCUUACUAUUCCUUGGUGGUCCGGGGCGGCAUGAAGAAGGGCGAGACUGUGCUCAUUCAUUCUGGCUCAGGUGGUGUGGGCCAAGCAGCCAUUGCUAUUGCCCUCAGCAUGGGCUGCCGCGUCUUUACUACUGUGGGCUCUAAAGAGAAACGUGAAUAUCUCCAAAAAAGAUUCCCACAACUUGAUGCGAAUAGCUUUGCCAGCUCUAGAAAUACCUCAUUCGAGCAACAUGUACUGAAAACCACCAAUGGUAGAGGUGUCGACUUGGUAUUGAACUCCUUGUCAGAGGAGAAGCUCCAGGCCAGUCUGCGUUGCCUUGCUCAACAUGGACGCUUCCUGGAAAUAGGCAAAUAUGACCUGUCCAACAACACACCGCUUGGAAUGGCCCUUUUCUUGAAGAACGUGGCUUUCCAUGGGAUCCUUUUAGAUGCCAUUUUUGAGGAGGGAAACCAAGACUGGGAAAUAGUGUCCAACUUGCUGAUGAAGGGCAUAAGAGAUGGUGUGGUGAAACCUCUGCGGACCACUGCCUUCAACAGAGAAGAGGUAGAAGCUGCCUUCAGAUACAUGGCACAAGGAAAACACAUUGGAAAAGUUGUGAUCAAGGUCCACGAAGAAGAGAAAUGUUCCACAAAGGAAGCUAAGCAAACCCAGCUCUCUGCCAUAUCCAGGACUUCUUGCCCACCAAAUAAGACGUACAUUAUCACAGGAGGCCUUGGGGGAUUUGGGCUGGAGUUGGCUCAGUGGCUGAUCGAAAGAGGAGCAAAGAAGCUUGUGCUAACAUCUCGUUCCGGCAUCCGAACUGGUUACCAGGCUAAGCGUGUCCAAGAAUGGAAACAGCUGGGCGUCCAAGUUCUCGUGUCAACCAGUGAUGUCGGGACUCUUGAAGGGGCACAACACUUAAUACAAGAAGCUUCUCAGCUUGGACCAGUUGGGGGCAUCUUCAACUUGGCUAUGGUCUUGAAAGAUGCUAUGCUGGAAAAUCAGACACCAGAACUUUUCCAGGAAGUCAACAAACCCAAAUAUUCAGGGACACUUAACCUGGACCAGGUAACCCGUCAAAAGUGCCCAGAGCUGGACCAUUUUGUCGUUUUCUCUUCGGUAAGCUGUGGAAGAGGAAAUGCCGGGCAGAGCAAUUAUGGUUUUGCCAACUCCACCAUGGAGCGCAUCUGUGAACAGCGACGGCAUGAUGGACUUCCAGCCCUGGCAGUACAGUGGGGCGCUAUUGGUGACGUGGGUAUCGUCUUGGAGACAAUGGGCACCAACGAUACUGUGGUUGGAGGGACUCUGCCACAGAGGCUCAGCUCAUGCUUGGAAGUUCUGGAUCACUUCCUCAACCAGCCUCAGCCUGUCAUGUCCAGUUUCGUCCUGGCAGAAAAAGUGUUGGCAAAAAGUGAUGGGGCCAGCCAGAAAGACCUCGUGGAGGCUGUCGCGCACAUUCUCGGUGUUCGUGACAUAAGCAGCCUAAAUGCUGACACCUCCCUGGCUGAUCUGGGCCUGGAUUCUUUGAUGGGUGUAGAAGUGCGGCAAACCCUGGAGAGGGACUAUGACAUUGUCAUGCCAAUGAGGGAUGUUAGGUUGCUGACCAUUAACAAACUACGGGAAUUUUCUUCUAAACCAGGGAGCACAGACACAUCAUCCCAUGAGACAAAAGGCAGUCAAGCAGAGCAACUCAGAUUGAACUUUAACAACCUGUUGGUUAAUCCAGACGGACCAACUGUCUUGCAACUGAAUGAGGUGAAAAGCAUGGAGCCGCCUCUCUUCCUCAUUCACCCUAUUGAGGGAUCUGUCUCAGUUUUCAACAACCUUGUCUCUAAACUACGUAUACCAAGCUAUGGACUUCAGUGCACAAAAGCUGCUCCUGUGGACAGUAUACAGAGCCUGGCAUCCUAUUACAUUGACUGCAUUAAAAAAGUGCAGCCAGAAGGCCCCUAUCGGAUUUCUGGAUACUCCUUUGGUGCCUGUGUUGCUUUUGAAAUGUGUCGUCAGCUUGAAGCUCAGCAGAAUCCCUCCCAUUUACCCAACACCCUGUUCCUGCUUGAUGGUUCUCACUCCUAUGUAGCAGCACACACUCAGAGCUACAGAGCCAAGCUAACUCCAGGAAACGAGGCUGAAGCAGAAACCGAAGCAUUGUGUGCCUUUGUUCAGCAGUUCACUGGCAUGGAAUACAAUAAGUUGCUGGAGGUUCUUCUACCCCUACCAGAUAUGGAAUCUCGUAUAAGCGCGUCUGUUGAUCUGAUAACUCAAAAUCACAGAGAGCUCAGCCACGAGGCCCUUGUCUUUGCUGCUGCUUCCUUUUACAAGAAGCUGAAGGCAGGAGACAAGUAUGUGCCUCAGAGCAAGUAUCAUGGCAAUGUGAUGCUACUGAAAGCAAAGACCCACAAUGAGUAUGGAGAAGGUCUUGGAGGAGACUACAAGCUCUCAGAGGUCUGUGAUGGAAAAGUAUUUGUCCACAUUGUUGAAGGGGACCAUCGCACGAUCCUGGAAGGAGAUGGUGUUGAGUCAAUUACUGGGAUCAUCCAUAGCUCGUUGGCAGAACCUCGGGACAGUGUUCGAGAAGGCUAGAUACUUGAGAAACUUUGUUGUCAUUGCUAGAGAGAAUUCAAAGCUAACCCUUAGGACAAGCCCAGGGAACUCUUCCUGUAAUCCAUCAUGUCAUCUGCUCCGCAGCCAAGUCUAGGAUGUCCAAAUGACCAGAGUCCCCCCUCCCUUCUCUCUCCAGUACACUGACAUUAUUUUUGCACUGUUGCAAGGACCUGUAUCAAGGGCAACAUUUUACACCAUUUGCAGUACAAACACACA